CGGGGGGCGGGGCCGGCGGGGUUUUCUCGCGGGCCGCGCUGACGGACGCGGUUCGGCAACUUCAACUUCGCGUGCGGGAGGCGGCGGCCGUGUGGGCGGCAGGUAACGAAGAUAUUUUACUGUAGUCCAGUUGUCGUAAUUGAUUGGAUUCUACUGAUUUCAAGACUCGUACUGGAGUUAGAGUGUAAGUUGUUACAAUGACAACUGAAGUUGGCUCAGAGACUGAAGUGAAGAAAGAUUCUGAGCAGCUGGGACCAGACAAAGCCAAGGACAAGCCUGAAGAAGCAUCAGACACUCCAGAAAAUCAGAAGUCCAGGGAAACAUCUGAAGAAGCUCAAGAUUCUUCUGUCCCAGCACCAACUAGCCAAAGUAGUCCAGGUACCCAGAAGAAGGAAAAAACUUCAUCUGAGAGCAAGGGUAUUUCUCGUUUCUUCCCUCCAUGGCUUAAGAAACAAAAAUCCUACAUCUUGGCAGAGCCCAAAGAGACUAAGAAAAGAACCACAGAGGAAGAAAAAGUAGUUGAAGAAAGUGAAUGCCAGACAGCAGAGGGGGUGGCUCAACCGAAAAAGAGCUUGGAAGAAGCAGCAGCUGAAAACCAGCAUAGUGCUAAAGCAGAUGACAAAGAAGAAAAACACUCUGUUAGUAGUGCUGAAACACAGCCUGCCAAAGAUGGUAAAGAAACGGAAGUAGAGAAAGUUGAAGAGGAAAAGGAAGAUAAAAAAGAGGAACAAGAAAAAAGGGAGACAAAAGAAGUGCAGACAGCUGAAAUUAAAACAGAAAACAUUCAUCACAAGUCUCCCAAGAAAACUAAAACAGUGCAAUGUAAAGUGAUGCUUCUGGAUGGCACAGAAUACAGUUGCGACCUAGAGAAAAGAGCAAAAGGCCAAGUGCUGUUUGACAAAGUGUGUGAACAUCUCAAUUUACUGGAAAAGGACUAUUUUGGACUGUUGUUCUAUGAGACUUCAGAACAGAAGAACUGGCUAGAUUCUUCAAAAGAAAUUAAAAGACAAAUUCGAAGAUUACCUUGGCUAUUCACCUUUAAUGUGAAGUUUUAUCCUCCUGAUCCUUCACAGUUGACUGAAGAUAUCACUAGAUAUUUCUUGUGCCUACAGCUCCGUCAGGACAUUGUUUCUGGCCGGCUGCCAUGUUCUUUUGUGACUCACGCCCUCCUUGGUUCAUAUACCUUGCAGGCUGAGCUGGGUGAUCAUGACCUAGCAGAGCACCGCAGUGACUACAUCAGUGAAUUCCAGUUUGCACCCAAUCAAACUCAAGAAUUGGAAGAGAAAGUAGCUGAGCUCCACAAAACACACAGGGGCUUGACUCCAGCACAGGCGGAUUCCCAAUUCCUAGAAAAUGCUAAGAGGCUCUCUAUGUAUGGAGUGGAUUUGCAUCAUGCCAAGGAUUCUGAAGGUGUGGAUAUCAUGCUGGGUGUAUGUGCUAAUGGACUGCUCAUUUACAAAGAUAGACUCCGGAUCAACCGCUUCGCUUGGCCAAAAAUUCUGAAGAUUUCCUACAAGCGAAGUAAUUUCUACAUCAAAGUUAGGCCAGCAGAACUGGAACAGUUUGAGAGCACUAUUGGGUUCAAACUGCCAAACCAUCGGGCUGCUAAAAGGUUAUGGAAGGUUUGUGUGGAACACCAUACUUUCUUCAGACUUGUAACACCAGAACAGCCUCCAAAAGCGAAGUUUCUAACCUUGGGUUCCAAGUUCCGCUACAGUGGACGUACACAAGCACAGACACGACAGGCUAGCAACCUCAUAGACAGACCAGCUCCACGCUUUGAACGCACUUCAAGCAAACGUGUUUCCAGAAGCCUUGAUGGAGCUCCUAUGGGUAUCUCAGACCAAAGUCUGCUGAGAGGCUUCUCUGAUUCUGGGGGGCAGGCUGCUGGAGAUAUCAUUAACACUGAUGCCAAGUUAAAAGAAGGUGGCAGAGAAGAAGAUGUAAGCCCAGUAAUAACUCCGCAAUUAGAAUUGACUCAGGAUGGGAAGUUCAUUCACAUACACCUGUCAUCACUACCCAUCCAUUCUUCGUCAUCCCAUCUCACAAACCUGUUGCCUGUUCCCGAGGUGGACAUGCUUUCAGAUAUUUCAGAGGAAGAUCCUUUAGGGGAACACCUCCUUACUGUCCCAGACAUCUCAGAGUGCAAUUCCACAAAUGAUACACCAGAUCAUAAUGAAAAUGAAGUAUCUACACCGAAUAAUAUCUUUGAAUCGAUGAGACCCCUAGUUAGUCAAGGCUUCCCUGCUGUGGAGGGAAAAAUCCAUACAAAUGAUUAUGAAAGCACCAAGUUUUGUGUCUCAUUCAGCUUCAUCAGAUGCUUUUCUUUCAGUUUCCAUUCACUGCUUGAUGAGGAUGGUUAUAUCACUUUUCCUAGCCUUCCUGAUGUUUGUGUCUCUCUUCUCCCACCUGGCCUUCAGCACUAUAUUCCUAUUACCUCUCCUUCCUUCAUCCCUUCUUUUCUCCUUAUCUUUGUGCUGCUUCUGUCUGCUUUCCAGUCUAUCCUUUAUUCGCUCACAUUUUCCUUUCCUCUCGCUCUGUCCCUCUGCUACCUGGAGCCUAAGGUGACUUCCUUUAACACCUCCAAUGACAAUGACCUAAAUGACAAAGCAGAGGAAGAGGAGGUGGAAUCUGGAGAAGAGGAAGCCCAUCAGAAGAGCAAUUCCUUGAGAGUAGAUGGGGAAAAUAUUUAUGUCAGACAUAGCAAUUUAAUGUUGGAGGACCUGGAUAAGACCCAGGACGACUUACUGAAACACCAGGCUAGCAUUAGUGAACUCAAGCGCAAUUUCAUGGAAUCCACACCUGAACCCCGCCCAAAUGAGUGGGAAAAGCGGCGUAUCACACCUUUGUCACUACAGACACAAGGGAAAAAAGGAGACCACGUUUUCCAAGUGAAAAUCCUGCCUGGGAAGGAGAAGCAAUGGACUGCAAUGCCAUGGAUUGCUGGAACAAAACCAGAGGAAACAAAUAAGAGCCUAGAAGAGGAGAUAACCUCCAUUCUCUUUAGCCGGGCGGGCUCGGGAUGCGCUUUCGGCAGCGGCAGCGCGGGGCCAGCAGAGGGCGCUGCGGGGGAGGACAGCGCCGCCUCGGCCGCGCCGCCGCGACAGAGACAUGCUUCCAGGGCAGAAGGGCCUUGUACUGGAGUCAGCGAUGCUGAUAAGAGGUCACAUGAGACUCUGGCCAUAGUGGAGGAGAAGAAGCAGGCAGAGGUUGGGAUAGAAGAAACACUAGUCGUAGAUGAAACCAACAAAGGGAAAAUGCAAGUUACCACUGAUGCUGGGGAAACAUGUAAGGUGGAGCAUCUGUCAAAAAAGGACUCUUCAUCAUUGCCGUCAGAUAGUAGCAGCAGCAGCAGUAGUAGUGAGAGUGAGGAUGAAGAGGUGGGAGAAUACCAGCCGCAUCAUAGGGCAAUUGAGGAAGUCAUCAGGGAAGAACAGGAAGAAGAAGAAGAUGUGAAGAGGAAAGAAUGUGAAGAAAAACAGCAGGUGGAAGACACACCAGAAGGCAGUAAACUAAAUGUACCAGUUGAGCGCACACAAGUUACAGCUGAAGAUUUGGUCCAGGAAAAUGCAGUUACUGUAGCUACAGAAGAAAAGAAAUUGUCAGAGGAAAUUAAGCAAGAUUUAGGUGAAGAAAAAGAGGAAGAACAGUUCAAACUCAAUGGAGAGGUGUCUCAUAUUGACACUGAUGUUGCACCACAAAUAAUUUGUUGUUCUGAGCCUCCAGUAGUGAAAACAGAGAUGGUAACCAUUUCAGAUGCCACACAGAGAACUGAAAUCUCCACUAAAGAAGUUCCAAUUGUACAAACAGAAACUAAAACUAUCACCUAUGAAUCUCCACAGUUUGAUGGCAGUGCUGGUGACAGUGCUGGUGUGUUGGUGAGUGCACAGACAAUUACAUCAGAGUCAAUUUCUACUACCACAACUACACACAUCACAAAGAUGGUAAAAGGCGGGGUAUCAGAAACAAGAAUUGAGAAGCGCAUUGUCAUUACUGGAGAUGCAGAUAUCGACCAUGAUGAGGCCUUGGCACAGGCAAUCAAAGAAGCCAAAGAACAGCACCCUGACAUGUCUGUCACAAGAGUGGUGGUGCACAAAGAAACUGAAGUUGCUGAGGCUGAUGAAGAAUAAAAUCAAAAAUGUCCUCGAGCAAAUACUUGUGAAGUAAAAAUGAUACUGACCGUGUUUGACCAUGAAGA